AUGCAGUCUUCGGGUCUCUUCCCCACAGUGCUUCCUUCACCACCGGACUCUCCUCGCAAAAGGCGUCGGCUUCUUCGAGAGUCUGAGGAUAACGAGGGAGAGAUGACUCUAGAGGCGUAUCUUGUUCGAUCCGAUCCUUAUCGAUCAAACACUCAAGCAAAUCCUUGGCCACUGCCGCUAGAUGGGGAACACGCCCCGCAAAUCGAACACCAAAUCCUGGAUUUGAGUGAUGUGAUCCAACAAAUUCUCUCCUCCCACGGCUUCCCUGAGAAUCUUCCGCUUCGUGUGUGCACUGUCCGUAAGCCAGAAUACCCAGGCGGCAACGUGCCUAUCAAUAUGCUCCGUGUUAUUCUAACACAAGACGACUACACACCAAUCAGCUUUGGUCCUGCUAAGGACGCUAUUCGGACAUUACUUCGCGACAGGCAGAUCUUCGACGUACAUGUCGAGAUCAUCAAUAUUGACUUAUGCUUUAAUCCCUCGCUCUUCACUAUCUCAGAAGAUGACCCGAUCGUCGCCGCCUUCGUGAGCACCGAGGAACAGAUCAUCGCCAUUCUACAUCGCGGCCUACGGUCGAAAUGGAGAGUACUCUGCCCCUUCAAUGUUGGCCGUUCUCGACGAGAAGCUUGUCCGACAAUCGUUGUCUACGUUGACCCCUGCACCUCAGCAAACUGGCUGGGAUUGGGUUCAGAGAUCAAAUCUGCAAUCAGUCAAUAUGGGGUGGAUCACGACGUUGACGUUGAGUUUCUUCCUGGACGCCUGUCAUUUCUCCAGAAUAGAGGGGUCUCUCUCGCUAACAGGAUUGAUGCGAAUGGAAGGCUGGCAAUGGGCCACUCUAUCGGGAUACAUACUGAGCAAAACGCGGGUACGCUGGGCGGCUAUUUCACCUUGGAGCAGAAUGGCAAGGUGCACAAAGGUUUCCUCACUGCCUACCAUGUUGUCAGACCUUCAGAUUCACCGUCGGGUGGGAAUACAUCGUUCCUCGCGGAUUUGGAUCGUUCCGGCUGUUCCUUCGAAACCCCUCCGGCAGAAGAUAUCCAGGUAAGCGGCGUUGCAAGGAUUGAUCGAGACGAAAGCCUGAAAAAUAUCGAGCGCCAUGUGGCGGCCCUGAAGGGGCGAGUCGAAGCAUUGAGCAAUAGAUUAGCUGAACGCGAAAUGCUUGGAAAAGAGCCCCUGCCAGCUCAGCAACAGAUGUUGAGCCAGGCUGCAGAGUUGAUCUCCGAGCUUAACAGCAAGCAUGAUCUCUUUGAGAGAAUGCCUCAAGUUAUGGGGAAAGUUGUUGCAGCUUCUGGCAAAGCUGUUCUCGGACGAAGGAUAAUGGACUGGGCAUUUGUGGAGUUGACAGAGGAAGCGGCAGAUAAGUUCUUCGGUCCUAACGUAAUGCCGGCUUUGCCCAGUGAAUCUCAGUCUUCGCUCGAUCUCGAUGAUCACAAUUUUGCUCUCCCAUAUCCUGAAGGGGAGCCAUUGAGAGAGUUCGGCAAAUUGGAGAAGGGCAAAUACUAUUUGAAGCUAGGCCGUACCACUGGGCUGACUAUGGGCCAAUGCAACGGCGCUUUGGCUCGCUGCAGAUGGUCAAGUGGAGUUCAAACCCGUUAUGACCCCAACAGCACGCCGGUCACAUUAUCGGAUAACUAUACACAAGAGUUCGUGAUCUUAAGCGUGCGCCCAGAUGGAUCGGCUGCUAUACAGGAUGACUUUGUAUUGGAGGGAGACUCCGGGUCUUUAGUCCUUGACGUGGAUGGAAAGGUGUGCGGGGUUCUUUAUGGCGGCAUCUGGGCAAUCGACGGCGCGUCCGCUUAUUCAGGCUUGGUGGUGGACAUGACCGAGCUUGUCAGCUCAAUCAAAAUGAAGACCAAGAUAGACUGCAUGCCUCCAGCGGAACUGAGUCUACCGCAGAGGCACUGA